AUGAAGUACAUCCUGGUGACGGGCGGCGUGAUCUCGGGCAUCGGCAAAGGGAUCAUCGCCAGCAGCAUCGGCACCAUCCUCAAGUCCUGCGGGCUGCGGGUCACCUCCAUCAAGAUCGACCCCUACAUCAACAUCGACGCGGGCACCUUCUCCCCGUACGAGCACGGGGAGGUGUUUGUGCUGGAUGAUGGAGGGGAGGUGGACCUGGACCUGGGGAACUACGAACGCUUCCUUGACAUCCGACUCACCAAGGACAACAACCUGACCACGGGGAAGAUCUACCAAUAUGUCAUCAACAAGGAGAGGAAGGGAGACUACCUGGGCAAAACUGUCCAAGUUGUUCCCCACAUCACAGAUGCCAUCCAGGAGUGGGUGAUGAGGCAGGCACGGAUCCCUGUGGAUGAAGAUGGCAUUGAACCCCAAGUCUGUGUGAUUGAGCUGGGGGGCACAGUGGGGGACAUUGAGAGCAUGCCCUUCAUCGAAGCCUUCCGCCAGUUCCAGUUCAAAGCCAAGAGGGAGAACUUCUGUAACAUCCACGUCAGCCUGGUGCCCCAGCCAAGCUCCACGGGGGAGCAGAAGACUAAACCCACCCAGAACAGUGUUCGAGAGCUCCGGGGCCUUGGCCUCUCACCAGACCUGAUUGUUUGCAGGUGCUCCACUCCCCUGGAUACCUCAGUAAAAGAGAAGAUCUCCAUGUUCUGUCAUGUGGAACCAGAACAGGUCAUCUGUGUGCAUGAUGUCUCCUCCAUCUACAGAGUCCCUCUGCUCUUAGAGGAGCAGGGAGUGGUUGACUACUUCAGGCACAGGCUUGACCUCCCCAUUGAGAGGCAGCCCAGGAGGAUGCUGCUGAAGUGGAAGGAGAUGGCUGACAGGUACGACCGGCUCCUGGAGACCUGCUCCAUAGCCCUGGUGGGCAAGUACACCAAGUUCUCAGACUCCUAUGCCUCUGUCAUUAAGGCCCUGGAGCACUCUGCACUGGCCAUCAACCACAAACUUGACAUUAAGUACAUUGACUCUGCUGACUUGGAGCCAGACACUCUGCAGGAGGAGCCUGUGCGCUACCACGAGGCCUGGCAGAAGCUCUGUGGUGCUGAUGGGGUGCUGGUUCCUGGUGGAUUUGGUGUUCGGGGGACUGAAGGCAAAAUCCAAGCUAUCUCCUGGGCAAGGAAGCAGAAGAAGCCCUUCCUAGGAGUGUGCCUGGGCAUGCAGCUGGCAGUGGUGGAGUUUGCACGCAGCGUCCUGGGCUGGCAAGAUGCCAACUCAACAGAGUUUGACCCCAAAACUGCUCAUCCUGUGGUCAUUGACAUGCCAGAGCAUAAUCCUGGGCAGAUGGGUGGCACCAUGAGGCUUGGCAAGAGGAGGACACUCUUCCAAACCAAGAACUCAGUCAUGAGGAAGCUGUAUGGGGACCAUGACUUCCUGGAGGAGAGGCACAGGCACAGGUUUGAGGUCAACCCACAGCUGAAGAAGUGCUUUGAAGAGCAGGGUCUGAAGUUUGUAGGCCAGGACGAGGAGGGAGAGCGAAUGGAAGUGGUGGAGCUGGAAGAGCACCCCUUCUUUGUUGGGGUCCAGUACCACCCCGAGUUCCUCUCCAGGCCCAUCAAGCCAUCUCCCCCUUACUUUGGCCUCCUCCUGGCAUCUGCAGGCAGACUCACUCAUUACCUGCAGAAGGGCUGCAGGCUCUCACCCAGGGACACCUACAGUGACAGAAGUGGCAGCAGCUCCCCUGACCUGGAGAUCACAGAGCUGAAGUUUCCAUCAGUGAACCAUGACUGA